AUGAGCUUGAAGGAGAAGUUUGACCUGCUGAGGGCCAGCAUUGUGGAGUGCGACCAGGCUCUUCGGAGGCUAGAGCAGAAGUCGAAGAUUCUUACACAGCACGUGGAGACGUCUGUUCUGAUGGCCAGGGCCAGGGAAAACAAGGAUGCAUGA